AGUCUUUAGUGAUCUAAUUCCCUUGUAUAAUGCACGUUACCAAGUAUUAUCUACGCUUCUUUAACAGCGAGACACGAUAUAACACUAUCGUCUAAAGACACAUUGAAGAAAAUAAUAGUUCCAAUAGAAACCAAUCUUAUAAAAAUAACUUCAAUCGUUUGCAAGUAACGUAAAUCAAUAUAUUGUCAGCCCUGUAACGAUAGUUGUAUGAUAUAUGAAAUUUGAGAUCGUAGUAAAAGAAAGAAACAACAGAGAGUCUCAAUCUCCAACCGAUAAGAACGAUCAUCAACGAUCGGCAGUAAAUUGAAUCGAGAAUGUUACAAAUACAAUUUUUUACGGAAGAAUUAAGAAGGAAAUAGAGAGGCAACCUAGUUAUAGAAUUAUAGAGCACAGUAUAAUUAAAUUUAAUAUGCUAGCUGCGCGUGAAAAUGAAACCUUGAACACAGCCCUCUAAUAUAUUUCCCGUCUACUUUAAAUUACCAGCACAAAUCAUUUAAAUUAGCAAGACAGAAGAUCCACGUGCCAUCUUAGCACUUUUUAUUCUAAACAAAAAGGCAACUUGCUAGUGAACUUGGUCGUACUCUUAAGCGCGCGAGAACGGAACGCAAAAGGCACAAAAAAGGAUGGAAUUGAGGGGGUGAGUUUCCUCCACGAGGGAAGGGAUUGUGACUUCGUCGAGCAUCGGCUAGAGGGCGGUGAAUUUCCAACAACAUGGCCGUCUAACACCGACACCCCGUGCAAGUCUCCACGAAGUUGACCAGUUUCAAGAAACCAGUGAAUUUCAUCGUUACGCCUGAGGACAGUCCAAGCUUCAUUGAUUCUACGAUUUUACGAAGUUUGAAGAAAUUAAAGAUUUAUAGCGCAAUAAUAGAUUAUUUUCCUGCAAAUUAGAGAGCAGGUUUAAAAAAUAUCUAUUGCGAUAGAUUUUCCUCAACGACAUCUACAGUUCCACAGGCGACUAGAGGAAAAAGAAAUAGUCAAACUGGCACCGUUCAAGUUUCCCUUUUCAAAAAUGUCCAAGUCGCGCAGCAGCGACGAAAAGGACCGUGAGAAGGACAAGGACAAGGAAUUGGAAUGCAAAGUGGAGAAAGACAAACAUUACGAGAAAGAAGCGGACAAAGGCAGCGACACGGAACACGAGGACGAAGAAAACGCGCAAGAGGACGAGGAGGAUAACGCAAAUGGACGAAACGUUCAACUUCCAAUGAGUCAACUGCAAUUGACCACCGAAACUGAAUCCAAUUUAAACUCGGCGAUAUUCGAUUCCAACAGCCUGAUGGUGAGGAACGAACAAGCCAUACCGAGCUCCCCUCCUCCUUCUUACGAGCACGUUAUCGAACAGACGCGGUUGGAGCACGCAGCCGAGGUUCAGAAGUACGAGGGUGGAAAGAACCUCGGGAACGACGCGUCUGGCGAAGAUAAUAGAACAAAAGCACCCAAGAUCCUUCACAAGUCGAGUAAAGAGUUAUACAGAGCAGUGGCGAAACAGUGGGGCAUCACUUGCAAGAUGAGCGACCACUGCAGAUGCUUGGACUGUCAGAGCUGUUAUUUCGACUGCGAGUACGACAAGAAUGAGAACCAGAAGACUGACGGUGGACUAGGCGCCGGCACGCCGAUGUUCAUUUCCGAAGUGAUGCAAGGUUCCGGUUGCGUGCUGUUCUAAGACAGCGGAAACGAACCUCCAUGGCGACGACACGGUCUUCAUCGUGUGCUUCCAUAAGGAGCAAAAGUUCACGUGAUUGCGCACAAAUCAGCUUGACUGUUUCCUAAUGGACCGACGAACCACGAAUCAGUUGGUUAUUGACCGUCAUCCUAUGACGAUUUGGGAUGAAAUUGCUAAUAACAUAAACAGCCAGCCAAUAUUUAAAACUUUAUAAUCGAAAGAAUAUAUGUAAGUGGAUCUUCCUUCGUGAAUUUUCAUUUGGAAGCCCUUGGUUCAGGAAAAUUAAUCGGCAUUACAAUUAAAAUAAUGGGUGGAAAAUAUCGAACACUAUGCAAUGCCCUACAAUUUCGAAGAUUUUUAAGAAACAAUGAUCAUCGAAUGAUAUGGUUGAAAAUAAAAAAUUCGAAUUUGAAGGAAAGAUGUUGAGAUAAAAAGAUCGCAAGCAGCGUGUAUGUGUCCCAAAUUUAAUUCACGAAGAAGUUCAUUCUAUAGAGAAAAGAGAAUUUUCGUUUUUGAGCAUCACAGAUGUUGAUGAAAUUUUUCGAGGUGGUAUCUCACGAGAAUUACCCUUUUCAUUGAGAAGUAUUUUCGAUAAUGUCAAGCAAACUGCAGUGUGCUUUAACAAAGAAGUUACUAGAGGAAGUAUCGAAGUCAAAGAGAAAGAUUUCAACUUGUCAAUUGUAUACAUAUUACUCGUUGCAUUUUCACUCGGUGGUAGACGAUUGGUAAACGCUCGACCAAUUUGUACAAUAGGCGUAGAGUUAGCGUUUAAACGACCUCGCUGUUGAGAUUGUUUAAAAAUUCAUUGUCCAUGUCCGAUCGAAAUGAUACCUACUCGAUUCUCAAUAAUGUUAAUAUCGAUAUCUGAACCGUGUUGCUCAUAGAUGAUGUACACUUAAUCUCCCCGGGUCCUAUGGAUUGAACUUGAUUAUCCUGAUUAAAAUUGGACCAAUUUGCGAUCGUGAAUUUCAAUUCGAAUUCUUCUAUUACAAGGGAGUGUGAAAUUUUAUCGAUAGGAGGAUUUCAUCUGGGGAAAUUACAGGAAAAAUAAACAUUAGCGUAAAUGUUAGCCAUGUUAUAAACGCGGUAUAUAAAUAAUCGGCGUAUUGUCUCGAAAACUCAAUACUAUUGUAAAUGAUCACUUUUAUGCUUUGUUACAUCGACUUGCUGCGUAUUUUCUCUAGCUCGAGGAAUGAGACGAAUCAAUUACAGUUCGAAAAAAGUUACGUAUAUUGUUAAUAAGUACAUAGAUUGCGGAUUUUUAUGCGUUUAUCAAAAAAAAUCUAAAGAUACAAAAAUGCAUAAAACGGAAAUUGUUUGCAAAAAUAUGUAAAAUAUGUAAAACAUCUAAAAUACUCAUAAAAAUAUGAGUUUCAUAAAUAUCCGCAAUCUGCUAAUAAGGAAUUCUAUAAAAUUCAGAUAAAACGAAAGUUUCUCUGUCUUUCAUAGGCUAAACAUGUCUUUUUACCAACUACUUUUACUAUUAUACACACAAUUUACAUUCUUCGACAACGAUAAACAGGCCUAUUAUUUAACCAUUUCAUGUGUUGCCAUCCAUAUACACAAAAUAGCAUUUUUGACGAACAAACACCAUUCAAAGUUUUUCUAUCGUCUUCUCGACUCGACGAGUCUACUCCAAUGGAACAUUAAAGAACAUGUAAAUAAUAAAACAUAUAAAACUAAUUUAGGAAAGCAAUAUCUAUAUAAUUUACUAUUAUUAUUACAACUACCAUCGACCAAUAACUUUUAAGCAAAUCGUCGAACAACUAGAAAAGUGUUUAUUGAGUUAACAUUGAUUUUUCACACAACACGAAAAACCACUUACUCUGCUGAAAGCAAAUAUUGAGUGAAAUAGUACCGGCCACUUCCGGUACCGCUUUCUUUCUCAGUCUCCGCGGAACGAACGGCGUUAAGCUGGCUUUUACGCUAGAAAAUUAGAAAGCAUUCCCAAAGGAGCAACGGCCGCGAUCUCAUUCCUCGAGAAAGAAAUCGAAAGCUGUCGAUUCAAUGGCCCCUGUCGAUUCUUCCUUGCGGCAAAACGCGCGUAGCUAGAUGUGUAAUUAACGAUUGUAAUUUACACUGAUUUCCCGCAAUACGCGUCCGAGGAAAUCGAAACUCGAAACACAUGAAAGUAUUAUAGAUCGAGCGUCGAAUACGUGUAUUCAAUGGUGUCUCGUUUGCAUCUUUGUUCGCCGUACGAACGAUUCUCAUUCUUUUAUAUUUUGAACACGUUAAGUGCCACGUUGGUCAUCGAUGACCGAUAGGAAACUUUUCGUGCAGGCUUGAUAUUCUCUUCAAAUAAUUACAAUAUAUAAGAUAUUAUUUGAGAAAUAACAUUGCCUAAAAAUAAUAUGCAUAGCAUAUCAAUUCAUAUGUUGAAUUUGUAUUUUAUUAGGACUUAAUUAGUAUACACUUCUUUAUACAAUCUGGUAAUUAUAUUGAAGAUCUUUUUGAAAAAAGGGUCUAUAGAUUUACGAUAGAUGGAAAUUUUUUAAAUCAUCGCGGCACUCAACGCGUUAAACCUCUCUAUCGCAGAUUAUAUCGCUUACGACUUUCUUGGGUAAACGAUAAUCAAAAUGUCGCAAAAAUAUAGUAUGAAGAUAUUCUUACGACUCGGUAGAUUUUGUUCGUUUACUUAAACCCGAUUCGACUUUUCAUUUUUUACUUUCCAUUGUUUUAAUUCGAUUAAUUCCGACUUGUCGCGCUAACGUAGUUUACCUAGGGAUACAACGAUAUCGAUUCUUUGCUGCAACGCGAAAAUUCGAUUUUACUGCUGUAAAGGAAAGCCUCGGGUCUUCGAGAUGAACGCGAGCAUCGCAGCUAUAUAUCGUUUUUUCGAGGACUCUAUUGUAAAUGUUGUACUCGUUGCAACUCAUCGAGCGAUUCAGCAGCGAGAAGAUAAAUAAAAUUGAGGUAAAAAUCUCAAACGACACGAUCGUCCAAUGGUGUACGUCGAUCGAGUCAAUCUGAAACAUAAUACAGUACCUGCCUAUACACUUAUCUUUUCAAGAUACUGUUGUUCAAGAUACGAGAGUUCUUUUGUACUUCGCGCCGAAGAAAACACGAACAAUAUUUCACGUGCGUGAACAGUCGAUCCCUCCCGCCAUUGUUAAACUUGCUUUUCUAUCGGUGAGAAGCAUCUUUUUGUACGAAUAACGCGCGAUCCUUUUACCUACGUGCGCUAAAAUGGUAAUUUACGUAUCGAAAAAAACUUUGCUCCGUUUGGAGAAAAUUUAAAUUUUAUUUGACAAGUAUAGUAAAAUUAUUGCUGCCUUUUAUAACAAUAAAAGUGAUUAAAAGAUAUAACUUUUUUUCUCAAAAGAAGAAGCAAAGAUAUCUAAUUCUUGCUUGAAGAAGAUUAAAAAUUUAUAUCGUGUUAAAGGGUUCAAAAAAUGAUAGAAAUAUUUUUAUAUACGUUGAACGAAAUUAAUCGUUUUCUGACAAACAACCGAAUCCAUAAUUUUCAAUUUAACCUUUAAUAUUAAAAUUACGUAACGAAAAGGAGCAGGGUAUCUCGACGUGAACGACCAGUCGCACAAAUUACAUAAUUUCACUAUAGUCAGUGGAUCAUUUUCACCUGAACACCUGACAUACUCUGCACACAUUUCAUUUACAAUUAAUCGAUUCCUUGCGGAGCUUGUGUAUGUGUGUGCGUGGAAAGGGACGGGAUAGAAAUCGAAAAACGUAUAAGAAAAAAAAAAAGAAAAAGAGAGAAAAGUGAGAUACGUAUGUAUAGUAUUUUUCUGGGCCGCGAAUUUUUCAUUAAAAUGUCAUUGCCUUGAAUGACAAAACUUGUAACGAUUAUUAUAAUCUCUACUAUAUAAUAUAUUCAUGAUAUGAGACAGUAUAAUUAUGAUAACGAUUACAACAUUUAACAAAAUACUAUUGUAAAACGGCCGCGAGACAUGAUUAUCAUAUAUUUAAGACAAAAAUGGAAUGUAUAUUACUGUUGGAAAUUUUAAAGAUAUUAAUCGAAACGAGUGAAACUAUCUGACGAUGAAAUUCUACAGGAAACCAGCCGUAUUUUGAGACUUCUCAAAAAAAAAAAAAAAAAACUAGUAAACUGUAACAUUUAAAAUAUUAUAAUUAGACUGUAGAUUUGUAUGCAUUUGUGGAGAAUUUAAAUGUGUAAAAUAUAUGAAACGAUAUAACAUACAAAAUGUAAAGAUAAUACUCAAAAGUAUAAAAGAUAUCCAAAGUAAAGUAUCUAAAAUCUAGAGAAUGAAACUAAUCUCUAUCUCUAUCUAGUAUCUAGAUACUAUUUCUUUAGUUACGUACAUAAAAAUUUGAGUCUACAUGAAAAUCCGCAGUCUAAUUAUGAUGAGACAGGUAAAGAGUUUUUUUAAACACAAAGCUGUUGUAAAAUGUCAAUUCCCUCGCAUCAAAAUCUACUAUCGUAUAAUCCAAAUACAUAUUCUACAAUUAGUGUAUAAGUCGCAGGUUCGAAGGACAGAAUUUUUAUAUCUCAAAACAAUCUAUGCAUUUGUCAAGUGUCGAGUUUUGUUUCAACACAAAGAGGAAGAAACUAUAAUUUUGUUCCUUUGUGAGGGGUGAAUUUAAACAAGCAUGAAACUGUACCAUUUCGUAGCCUAACAAGCACACACGCUAACCCGUAUAUGUGUGUGCUCGCGCGUGUAUACAUGUCGUUUAUUCUGUGUAUGUACGUUACAUAGAGAGUAAAGUGAACGAUUGCCUGGUGAAUCGUCGUUCCAUAGAGAAUAUUGACUGUAAAACUCGAUGUAUUCUGGUAAGUUCGCACCAAUAAAAAGUGGCCUAAAGUA